GAACCUGGGAGGCCGCGCUCCCGGGAGCCUCAUCGCCGCGCCCUGAGGACCUCGGCUGUUCGAUUUCACCGCUCCCUGUCCUCUCCUUGCUGCUCUUGGUAGUUUGCAGUCCUAGCGAUCUGGCUGGUUCUGACACCCCGGGGCUUCCGGAGGAAUGUGUGAAAAAGUCUCAUCGCCAGGCUCAGGGAUUCACCCUCACUUUUUAAUUGUCUUCUAGUUGUGCCAAAGCCACUGAUUAAUAAUUGAUCUUUGAAAUACGUCGACCAUGACUAAAAGAGAAGCAGAAGAGCUGAUAGAAAUUGAGAUUGAUGGAACAGAGAAACAAGAAUGUACAGAAGAAAGCAUUGUAGAACAGACCUACACCCCAGCUGAAUGUGUAAGCCAAGCCAUAGAUAUCAAUGAGCCAAUAGGCAAUUUAAAGAAACUACUAGAACCAAGACUACAGUGUUCAUUGGAUGCUCAUGAAAUUUGCCUGCAAGACAUCCAGCUGGAUCCUGAACGAAGUUUGUUUGACCAAGGAGUAAAGACAGAUGGAACUGUACAACUCAGUGUACAGGUAAUUUCUUACCAAGGAAUUGAGCCGAAGUUAAACAUCCUUGAAAUUGUUAAGCCUGCAGAAACUGUUGAAGUAGUUAUUGAUCCAGAUGCCCACCAUGCUGAAGCUGAAGCACAUCUUGUUGAGGAAGCUCAAGUGAUAACCCUUGAUGGCACAAAACACAUCACAACCAUUUCAGAUGAAACGUCAGAACAAGUGACAAGAUGGGCUGCUGCACUGGAAGGUUAUAGAAAAGAGCAAGAACGUCUUGGGAUACCCUAUGAUCCUAUACAGUGGUCCACAGACCAAGUCCUGCAUUGGGUAGUUUGGGUAAUGAAGGAAUUCAGCAUGACUGAUAUAGACCUCACCCCACUCAACAUUUCGGGAAGAGAAUUAUGUAGUCUCAACCAAGAAGAUUUUUUUCAGCGGGUCCCUCGGGGAGAAAUUCUCUGGAGUCAUCUGGAACUUCUUCGAAAAUAUGUGUUGGCAAGCCAAGAACAACAGAUGAAUGAGAUAGUUACAAUUGAUCAACCUGUACAAAUUAUCCCAGCAUCAGUGCAGUCUGCUACACCAUCUACCAUUAAAGUUCUAAACAGUAGUGCAAAAGCAGCUAAAGUACAAAGAGCUCCAAGGAUUUCAGGAGAAGAUAGAAGUUCACCUGGGAACAGGACAGGAAACAAUGGCCAAAUCCAACUAUGGCAGUUUUUGCUAGAACUUCUCACUGACAAGGAUGCUCGAGACUGCAUUUCUUGGGUUGGUGAUGAAGGCGAGUUUAAGCUAAAUCAGCCUGAACUGGUUGCACAGAAAUGGGGACAACGUAAAAAUAAACCUACAAUGAACUACGAGAAACUCAGUCGUGCAUUAAGGUAUUAUUAUGAUGGGGACAUGAUUUGUAAAGUUCAAGGCAAGAGAUUUGUGUACAAGUUUGUCUGUGACUUGAAGACUCUUAUUGGAUAUAGUGCAGCAGAGUUGAACCGUUUGGUUACAGAAUGUGAACAGAAGAAACUUGCAAAGAUGCAGCUCCAUGGAAUUGCCCAGCCAGUCACAGCAGUUGCCCUGGCUACUGCUUCUCUGCAAACAGAGAAGGAUAAUUGAGCUCCAGGACCUUCUGGGAGUCCAACGUCUUUCUUUAAUAUUUAGAGCAAGUAUUGCUCUUACCUUUAUUACUGAAUUUGAAUCUUCUUUUGUUUCUAGACUGUACAGUCUGAUGCAUGAUUUUUUUAUAAAUAUUUCAUACUCUUGUGAAUUUGGAUCUUUUUACUUUGAGCAUAUAUUUUAGAAUAUAUGUUAUGUUAAGGGAUCACCACAAUGUCUUCAGCGUUAAGGCAGGUUCAUUGUGGAGUAGUUUGUUAACAGUCAGGAAAGCUAAACUGGUCAGUAUUAAUGUCUAGCCCUACCAAAAAUAGCCAGGAGUAUCUGAAGAUGAAAAAUAAAUGAAGUAUCUCCAGGAAACAGUCUGGCUUAACUGUUUUUGAAAAGAUAACUUUUACGCCUCUCUGCUGCUUUGGAUGUUGCUUUACAUAGAACCAGAAAAUGGAAUUUUUCACAGCUAAAGCAUGUGUUCUUGUUUCAUCUAAUCAAGCAGAGCUAAAACAUUCAUAUCAAAUAAAAUUAUAAUGAUAUUAAUAAAUUACUAAAUAUCAAGUUAUUUAAGUAACAGAUAUUUGCAAGCAAUGGAUGAGUUAAAAGUCAUCUGGCAGAAGAGCAGUGCUGAAGAAAGAGAUCCAGGUUUAAAUCUGGCUUAACUCGAGCCAAUUUUAAGAAUUUGCUGUAUAGAUUAUACAUAAUGUGAGGCCAAGAAUUUAAAUUAUUUUGAGAGAGGAAUUUAAUUCUAAUAAAGCAGCUGUUACAAAAAUUCUGAAAUGAUCUCUGUUUUUCCUGUCAGAGAUUUUAAAAACUGAAAAGGUAUACCUCACCUAGAAAAUACAAAUUUGGUUUGGUUUGGUUCAGCUUUUUUUUUUUUUUUUUUUUUUUAAUUCCUAUAGUGCCGAUAUAUUAUACAAGGCAUCUUAUGUAUUCAUUGUGUUUCUGAUGAAAUGAGGACUUUAAAUCAGUAAGCAGUACUUUCUCUUUCAAAAUAUUAUAUUACUUGCAAGUACUUUUAAGAGGAAAAUUGGAUUUUCUAUAUAGGCAGUCUUCUCUCUUAAUACAAAAAUUCCCAUUUAUUUAAUGUUUUCCUUUUGAAUAUUAUAUAUGUACAUGUAUACAAAUACCUGAAUACAUGUAUAAUUGACCAUUAUAUAUAUGCAUAUAGAUAUACAUGUAUACAUAUAUAUAUGAAGGCAUAAGGUAUUCAAAAGGAAGAAUAAUAAAUAACUAAAACUUAAUAAAAUCACAUGAUUUUUAAUACAUGACUAUUAUAAGCUAACACUUCUAAGAAUGUCUUUCUUUUUUUCUUUCUUCUGUGUGUUUUAUGGUAUUAUGCACAAAUCACAAUACGAGAGACUGGCAGCUAGAUGACUUUUAAUCCUCUUAUAGCAGAAGGUUGAUUCUUGAGUACCUUCUCUGUCAUCAUUUCCUUUAAACUUGUCCCCCAAAACAACUUUAUAAGAGCUCAGUUAAUACUUUUGACCAAUUGGGAGGAAAGGGCCAAGAUAACACAGGCACAGUGGCAUUGUUAGCAGUUGCUGCUAUCAAUACUAAAGAGUAGUUUGGAACGAACCAUAGGAGGCAGAGAUCUUAAGAACAAGGAGAGGAGGGAACACCUUUUCUGGAAACCUUAAAUUCUAAUUAUAAGGACUCUGUGAUAGGACCAUAAUGUCUAAUUUCAGUACGUUUAUAUUACUGUAUUGAGUCCUUGACUCUGCAGUAGAUACGUAAAAAGAAUAAAAUUUGUAACUUUCAUUUUUAUUUUUUUAUAAACACAGAAUAGACUGACAUCUUAAAUUAAUAGUACUAUUUGAGUGCUAUGAUUGCAAGAAUAUCUAAGUAGGAUUACAAUAUGAAUAAUAUAUAGAAGCUUUAGCUUCAGAUAAAUAAACAACUAAAACUACGGCUUUGCACCAUACUCUUGGUCUAGGGAGUUAAAUCACUUAUAGUUUUAAAAAUAAUAAUAAAGUAUACUGUUCUGGUAUAUUAUUGAUUUUAGUAUGCAUUUGGGAAUACAUUGUGUUAAAGUUCUAACCAAGAUAACAGACAUUCUUUAUAUACAUGUAUGUGUUUUAAGGCAAGGAACACCCACAUUUCUUUUAGAUCCCUAGAGUCAAACCAUUGUUUCCCUUUUUUGCUUUAAGCAUUCCCCAGACCCUUUUUUUUAAAACCAGCAUUCUGUUUUUUUUUCCAUUGGCAGUUUUUGUUUUAUUCAUUGUAAUUUGAACAGGUAGCCCUCAUACAUGAUCAGGCGCUGUUUCUUUUUUCUUUACGUCUCUUUUACUGUCAUUUUGUGUACUAGAACAUGGGUAAAGGAAUGAGACUAAUCUUUCCAGUUGAUUUAAGAAAUCUCUCAUUACUUUGUAGUCUCAACUUUAAAGUCUUUUCUUUGUCCUUACUGAGGUUACAGUUAUCGGAAAGCCAGGUAGUCUUCUUUUAUUGAAAGAUAACUCAUCUUGUAAAUGAAUAUAUAAUUCAUGCUAUUCAUUCUUUGUUCUGUUUUUAUGAACAAAUUUUUCAUAGCAGAAUUUACAAUAUUCAAAGAAAAUUAUUAGUCACCUUUUGUAUGUUACAUAUACAAGAAUAAUAAAAUGUUCACUUUUGUUUCAAAACUUGUUUUCCUUAUGAGGUUUUCAUUGAGCCAGCUUUCAUAAGUACCUUCCUAGCCUGAAGCCUGAAAAAUUGUAUUGGCAUCUAAACAUAAAAUCACGCAAAUUAAGCAGAUGUUUUGUGCCUCCAAAAAUAUUUUUGGUGGGGCCUGCUAUUUUUCAUAUUCAUCAUUUUAUGCUACUGCCUUUUAAAAAGAACAAGUGUAUCUUUUAAAUAGCAAAAAAAAAAGUUUUAAAAUUCAUAAUUUUCAAAACGAACCUGUGACUAACUUAAUGUUUUCAGAUAUAGAUAUGUAAAAAGAUUAAUAGCUCAAUGACAUUUCACUUGCUGCCAGGAAAAAAUAUUCUUAAUCUUUUGUAAAAGGGAGGAGGAUUUUUGCAUACAUUUUUACUCUUUAAAUAAAGAUGCUUAUACUGUCAUAAUAACAA